UUGUCGUGUACGGUUUAACGGUCGCUCGAAAUUUUUGAAAAUUUUCGUUUAAGAAAUUUUUGUCUUUCUUGUCUGUUUGAUUUUAAAGCGCGCGUGAAUUUAACAAAACAAAUUUAACUUUGAUUAAAAAUACACAGCAACAGUCGCUGUAAUUGGCCUAAGCAACUGUUGUUGUGUUAUCGGCUUAAAUUUAGAAAAUUAAAUAAAAAGAAUAUAAAGAAAAUCCAAAAAAAAAAAAACGUUUAAACGGUACCGAUUUGUCUUUUGUUGUACAAAUAAAGUGUUACAAAUUGAAAAUCUAAAUUAAAGUGUUAAUAAAAAUUUAAAAGAAAAAAAAAAUAUUUAACUGCCAGUAAAAAUUAUAUUCCAACUAAAUAAAAUUCCAACGAAAAAUAUUUAUCAGCAACACAAUUUCAUCGUGUCUUUAGCAGAGUAGCAGCAGAGAGUAUCAUUGUAAACAACAUCAGCAGCAACAAAAUUCAUUAACAUCAUCGUUAUCAUCAUCAUCAUCAUGCGUCGCAACGUCAAAUUGAUUGUAUUUGUUAGUGUUAUCUGGAUGUUUGUUUUGGUUUAUUACUUUCAAACGAACACUGAAAAGGUGGAAAAUCGUGCAUUACGCUUACGUGAAGCUAUGCAACAAUAUCAGGAUGAGGUUAUGCCUUCAUCACCGACAGCCUUGAAGCAACACCAAACACAGCUGCAGUUACUGCAACAAGAGCCGCAACAACAACAACAACACCAGCAACUACAACAACAACAUCACUAUGCAGCUGCCUCACAAAACUCAAAUCGAUUACAUACAAACGUUCUCAUUGAAGGCAGUGUUGAUCCUGGUGGAUUUAAGCCACGUGUUGGCAGUUUGGGUUUAAAUGCAUUGUCACCUCAAGAGGAAACAUCGCAUGAUGUUAUCAGCACUAGUGGUUUAGCAGUGGCAACUAAUGGUCUGGGUGGUAGUGUGGGUGGUGUAGGUGAAUGGGAAUAUUUUGAUGAGGCUGGCUAUAUACGUGGUGGUGCUUUAAGGACUGGUGAAGAUCCCUACAUACGCAAUCGUUUCAAUCAAGAGGCUAGCGAUGCUCUACCCAGUAAUCGUGAGAUACCCGAUACCAGACAUCCCAUGUGCCGCAAUAAAAACUAUCGCAAAGACUUGCCAGAGACCAGUGUUAUUAUAACAUUCCAUAAUGAGGCCCGUUCAACUCUAUUGCGUACCAUAGUCAGUGUCCUCAAUCGUAGUCCAGAACAUUUAAUACGUGAAAUUAUAUUGGUAGAUGAUUUCAGUGAUCACCCCGAGGAUGGUCAAGAGUUGGCUAAAAUCGAUAAAGUGCGUAUAAUACGCAACGAUAAACGUGAAGGUUUAGUAAGGUCGCGUGUACGUGGUGCAGAUGCUGCUGUAGCCGGUGUUUUAACAUUCCUCGAUAGUCAUGUCGAAUGCAAUGAACAGUGGCUGGAACCUUUGUUAGAGCGUGUACGUGAAGAUCCCACCCGUGUUGUGUGUCCUGUUAUCGAUGUCAUCAGCAUGGAUAAUUUCCAAUAUAUAGGAGCAUCCGCAGAUUUGCGUGGUGGUUUUGAUUGGAAUUUGAUUUUCAAAUGGGAAUACUUGAGUCCAGCAGAGCGUACAGCACGUCAACAUGAUCCCACCACUGCUAUUCGUACGCCCAUGAUUGCGGGUGGCCUAUUUGUUAUCGACAAGGCCUACUUUAACAAAUUGGGCAAAUACGACAUGAAAAUGGAUGUUUGGGGUGGUGAGAAUUUAGAGAUUUCAUUCCGUGUUUGGCAAUGUGGUGGUAGUUUGGAAAUAAUACCUUGUAGUCGAGUGGGUCAUGUAUUCCGUAAGCGUCAUCCGUAUACAUUUCCUGGUGGUAGUGGUAAUGUGUUUGCACGCAAUACUCGUCGUGCUGCAGAAGUAUGGAUGGAUGAUUACAAACAAUACUAUUAUGCCGCAGUGCCGUUGGCCAAGAAUAUAGCAUUUGGAAACAUUGACGACCGUUUAGCCCUCAAGGAGAAGUUACAGUGUAAACCAUUUAAAUGGUAUUUAGAACAUGUUUAUCCUGAUUUACAAGUUCCUGAUUCAUAUGAGUUUGGUCAGUUUCGUCAAGGUGAUUUCUGUUUGGAUACCAUGGGAAAUUUGGCGGAUGGUACUGUUG